AUGCCAGGUUGGAUUCCAAGAAGGCUAGGAGGUGGUCUUGGUGGUAAGAAAGAAUCAGGACAACUUCGGUUUGGAGGACGAGAAAGACCAUUUCGAGCUCCACUAAGACAAAUUCCAUGGGAUGAUUUAAAGAGGCUUGGCAUACCACCUCCCCCUGAAGGAAGAUACAUGUCACGCUUUCAGAUCCCGUCACCACCACGAAGAAAGGGAAGUAGCGUGGACUAUGAGGACUCUCGUAAGCAUGAGAAACGAAAUGCAUCCGCCCAUCGGCUUGAAAAGUCAGCUAGUCCAGACCGCUCGAUUGGUGGAGAGAAGUCUGUAUACAGGGAAGACUACCAUUACAAGCAUCACGAAAAAGGAAGACGUUCUUAUCGGCGUGAAACAAAGUUUUCUGGUCUAGAUACUUCAUCUGAAGAAAGAAGCUACGUGGACAGGGAAGAACGUUCUUCUAAGCAUAGUAGAAAUUCACGUCGACGUGAUAGGUGGAAUCCUAGUCGAGACGACUCGUUUAGUGACUAG